UAGAAGAAGACUCGUGCCUUAGUUUCCCUCCUCUCUCAGGCACACGCGUCUUCUCUGUUUCUUUCUCCUCUUUCUCUUCUCUGUUCAUAUGCCAAUGCAUUGUCGUUUUUCGCAACUCUCUUCUUUCUUAUUACAUUAUCUUUAUUCUUAUGAUUAUUUUUGCAGAGAGAUUGACACAAUCAAGGUUUCUUAGUAAUACAGUACAGUGUCUUUUCUUUUUUUUGGAGAAGAUCUGCAGCUUUUUUAUUUAAAGAUCUUCUCGGCAAGAAUUUUCUUUCUUAGUUAUUUUUUUUGUUAUAUAACAGAGACCUAUAGUCAUUGAUGGCUUCAGCAGAUCUUGAUUCCUCCUGGCUAUCUGCAGCCGGUGAAUCAGUUGGUGGUUGUUUCAAUAUACAUAUGGUGGAAGUAAAUUCAGCCGAAAUUUUAUGUGUGCAGGAUUCCCCCACCGCUUCUGUAUCAUAUAGCAAUACUAUACCAAAACCACCUCCUGUUCCUGAUAAGACAUUUUGUAGAGCCAAUAACAGCAAAAGCAUUUCACAAUAUUGCUCUGUCCCAAAGGAGAUAAGAGACACAUGGGAUAGGUUAUUCAAGGAAGGAUAUGGUGCAGAUGUGUAUAUUAUUACAGAUAGCAAAUCAUAUAUACCAGCUCAUUUCAAUGUCUUGAGUAUUGCAUCACCAGUCCUAUGGAAUCUUCUGCAGCAAUCAAAAGUUAAGAAUGGAGUCAGAUUCAUCAAAAUUCUUGGUGUACCUUCUGAAGCAGUCUAUGCAUUCAUUCGGUUUUUAUACUCAUCCUGCUUCGAGGAGGAAGAGAUGAAGAAGUUCGUUCUCCAUUUGUUGGUUUUAUCACACUCGUACUCUGUCCCAUCACUGAAAAAAGUUUGUGUGCGGCAUCUGGAGCAGGGCUGGCUGACCAAAGAAAAUGUGAUAGAUGUACUUCAGUUAGCAAGGAACUGUGAUGCACCCCGGCUUUCCUUUAUUUGUGUCCGUAUGGUUGUCAAGGACUUCAAAUUUAUUUCAUCAACCGAGGGUUGGAAGGUUAUGAAGCGUGCUAAUCCUGCUCUUGAACAAGAGCUUGUGGAGUCUGUCGUUGAAGCCGAUUCUCGAAAACAAGAGAGGUUGAGAAAAAUGGAAGAGAAAAAAGUGUACUUGCAACUUUAUGAGGCCAUGGAGGCCCUCUUUCACAUUUGCAAGGAUGGGUGCAGAACGAUUGGUCCUCGUGACAAAGUGCUGAAAGGAAGCCAGGUCACAUGCAAUUUUCCUGCUUGCAAAGGGCUUGAGAAUUUAGUCCGACAUUUCUCCAAUUGUAAGACUCGAGUUCCCGGUGGAUGUGUUCACUGCAAACGCAUGUGGCAACUUCUUGAACUACACUCUCGUUUGUGCAAUGAGCCAGAUUCUUGCAAGGUUCCACUUUGUAGACAUUUCAAGGAAAAAAUGCAGCAGCAGACCAAGAAAGAUGAAGCUAGGUGGAGACUACUGGUUGGCAAGGUGAUAGCAGCAAAGGGAAACCUGGGUCCAUUAACAGCUAGGCAUAUGGGUUUAAUCAUGAGCCGCUGAGCUCUUGAAUUUAUUUACCUUGUGCCUUCUGCAAUGCCAAUUGUAAGAAAUAAUGGGAACUGUAACAUAGAAACAAUGAUGAUAAAAUGGCAAGAAUAUAUUCAUUCUGUUUAA